UAGGGACCAAAGGGGCUUAUGGUUGUGAAACAGGUGGUGCGUAGCAAGCAUACGCGUUCUGGCUGUUGACAUACCGGCAUAACAGAAAGCGGUAAUUGGCCAGAUGAUGUAGCCUGGGUAGUUCAAACUCCUUCUGUGUCCUUCCUCCAUGCUUCUUCUGGUCGUCAAGUUCGUGACUUCGUGCAGCAUUCUGCCGCAACAGUGCUGCAAGCAUUGAUACUGGCCUUGCAACCCGGACCGUCGUGUGGUGCUCUCAGAUCAUUCCAUGUGAAUUGUUCAAUAUCCAGUUUUUGACACGCAGUAUUGAGAAAAGUAGUUUCAUUAGACUGAUUACAGUCGUCUGAGAUCUAGGAGGGUGGGUCAAGAUGGACUAUUCCGUCGCAAAGACUGUCAUCAGUUUUACGGUUCUACUUACAGCAGCGUCAUGCUCAGAGGUGAUAUGUCCAUCAAUUCUUGAGAGUGAAGCAGACAUCGAGCAUCUGCAGAGCAAUAUGGAGAACAGGAAUUACAGGUUGGGGGAGGUGGUGGACUACCACUGUGAUGCAGGCUAUCGCAUCCUUGGCAAGACCUGGAGAGAAUGUUCAGGACCAAGUUUGGAUUUCCCCAACCAGACAUGGUCAGAUCUCGAUCCGAUCUGCUCAGAAGUUGAAUGUCCAGACCCGGGCGACAUCCAAUUUGAAGCCGGUAGGUACUUGGAAUCUACAAACGUUGGAGGAAGUGUAAGGUUCAGUUGCCGGUCCGGCUACAGCCUCCGAGGAUCAGCGGUUCGGUUCUGUCAACCUGAUGGGAUGUGGAACGGCACGCUCACAACGUGUGAUCAUGAGAGUUUCUUCUGCCCAAACCCCGGUAUUCCCAUUGGUGGGCGAAUGGUCAAUGCACACAAGAUGCGUUUCCGAGAGGGAGAAAUAGUCUCCUAUGAAUGCAAGGGAAACAAGGUGUUGAUUGGAUCGCGUCAGAGAGAAUGCCUCAAGACCAGAGCUUGGAGUGGGGAGCCACCAACCUGUCAAGGACCCUAUGACUUUGAAGACACCCUUAAGAUAGCGUCAAGGUUUGGCCGUGAAAUUGAGGGCAUUGUAGCAGAUCUUCAAGCUCCCAUCAUCGAUCAGAGCCCCAAAGACCGCCGACGCAGGUUCAUAGAUCCUGGAUACACUCAAGGAAUGGACAUCUACUUCGUUUUUGAUGCCUCAGGCAGCAUUCCAAAAGCUCACUUCCGGUAUAGUUUGGACCUUGCUAAAGCCCUUGUCAGCAAGGUUGGCGGAGCGGAUGGUCCUCGGCGUGCUCGCUAUGGUGCCUGUGUGUUUGCCUCUUGGGCCCAGAUAUCAUUUCUUGUCUCUGACCCUCAACCAUCUGUGGAAAUUGUGCUUUUACUGAUUGACGGAUUGAUUGAUCAAGUUAACCCGGAGGAAAUAGGACAGGGAACAGCAACUGGCAAGGCACUCCAGCUUGUUCACGAAACCAUGAUACCAGCUGCUCAUGACAGGCCAAAUGCAAAGAAAUACCUGUUCCUCUUCACUGAUGGUAAGCCGAACGUGGGUGGCUACAUUGCCACAGCCCGGAAUGAAGCGGCGACCCUACGUAGUCGCUACGGAGUUGAAAUCCACUGCAUCGGGAUAGGUGCAGAAGUAGACAGAAAUGAACUGCAAGAGAUUGCAUCCCACCCUAUUAGUGAACACCUAUUCUUCAUAAGGGACUAUGGAGAAGUGGGCCUUCUCGCUCAGUCAAUAACACAACAAGAACUAGACUACUCGCCAUGCGGAUACAACAAACGCCCAAGCGACCGGCGUUCGCCAAGAAUAGUUGGCGGAGAAUUUUCUGAGAGUGGUAACUGGCCCUGGCAAGUGGCUUUGUUCUGUGAUCCGAACAUUGCAGGAUGUGAUGACUGUGUGCCCACGUUUUUUUGCGGUGGCAGCCUCAUUGCUCGUAAGUGGGUCCUGUCUGCAGCGCAGUGCUUCAGAAGGUGUGAUGUGGGUGACAUCCGAGUAUAUACAGGUAUAAUAGACAAAUCCCAGGACUCACUUCUGGAGUUUGACCCGACCAAAGUGUACAACCUUGAUGGUGACGAUGCUCUGAUAAUGCAUGAAGCAUUCAACAGGUACCUUGAUAACGACAUUGCCCUUUUACGGUUGAGUCGGAAUGUCACAUUCAGUCCCAACGUGAGACCCAUCUGCCUGCCACAACCUAAUAUGCAAGAUACUGAGCUUUACUCGACGAAUGGAGCGGCGUACGUGGCUGGCUGGGGGUCCACAUAUCCUUACGACACAGACGUGGACUGUCUGGAUGAUACUUACCGACCAACCUCGCCGGUGCUUAAGGAACUUGCUAUUCCUGUGCGCACGAACCGAGAAUGCCGGGACAGCAUACAAGACCACUUUAGGUGUAGUAUUGUGGCUGCCUACAAGCCUGCCAUAGCAUUCUGUGCUGGCUAUUCAGAGGGCAACCUGGACGCUUGCAGGGGUGAUUCAGGCGGGCCUGUCAUGAGACAACUGAGGACGGCAGACGGCAGCAGGCGAUGGGUCCAGAUCGGCAUUGUCAGCUGGGGAGAGGGUUGUGCUCAAGAGGGUCGAUACGGGAUUUACACGAGACUUUCAGCGUACAAGGAAUGGAUCCAUAAUCACAUUGGCGCUGGGGAAUCACCCAUCCAGAUCCACGAACACACUAGUGCGGGAGUCGACGCUCCUGAGUCACCUGAGUGCAACUGUGAGGUGUGGCAGGAGUGCAUGGACACCAAACGCGAUGGGGAGUGGACAUGCAGAUGCAUCCAUCCUCAGCACUGCGAUGACGUCGUGGGCCAGGAGCAAUGUGGAAGUGACGGUCGAACUUAUGCCAGCAUCUGCAAAUUGAAGGCUACAGCCUGUUUGCUGGAUUUAGACAUUCGGGUCGCCAGCCAAGGACCUUGCCCGGAAAGUCCUGGUUUGAAGGAUUACAGUGUCUACGAGAGCCCAGAGUCAUCUGUCGAUCCUGAUUUCCUAACAACAGGAGGACAAAACAACGAGAGCGUGCCAACGAGGACCGCCUCUGAUCAAGUGACAUUCGAUGACUGUGGUUACCAAGAAAACCCUAGACAUCGGACUUGGGGAACGAUAGCAGGCGGACAGCAUUCAGAAGCAGGCCAGUGGCCCUGGCAGGUGGCGUUGUUCUGUCAUGUAAACUGCACAAGAUGUUUGCCAAGAUUUUUCUGUGGCGGCAGCCUAAUUGCUCGUAACUGGGUCCUGUCCGCUGCACACUGCUUCCGCCAGUGUAAACCGUCUGACAUCAGAGUGUACACAGGAAUUAUAGACAAAUCAAUGUCAUCUCUACAAUACUUCGACCCUGCGCUGGUGUAUACACUCGACGGUGACCACGCCCUGAUAAGGCACGAAGCAUUCAACUCGGACAAUCUUGACAAUGAUAUUGCCCUGUUGCGGUUAAGUUGUAAUGUCAAGCUGAGCUCCCGAGUGAGAACCAUAUGUAUGCCACACCUUGCACUAACGGGGAGAACACUCUAUUUGCCAAGUGGAGAGCCGUCAAUGUUGGCUGGAUGGGGAACAGCACAGCCUUAUGAUUAUGGGAACCUGUGCAUUGACGGAAUUAAGCCUACAUCGUCUCUCCUCCGGCACGUCGUUGUCCCUGUGCGCACACACGCGGAAUGCAGGCAGAGUUUUCUCCAUCACUUUCAGUGUGCCACUGUGUCAGAUUACAAGCCCGAUAUCGCGUUUUGCGCGGGAGUACCGGAGGGCGGUUCUGAUGCAUGUAAGGGGGACUCAGGUGGGCCUGUCAUGAGGCAGCUAACCGUGGCAGACGGUACCAGACGAUGGGUCCAGAUUGGUAUUGUCAGCUGGGGAGAGGGUUGCGCCGUAGAGGGUCGGUACGGGAUUUACAUCAGGCUGUCGGCUUACACCGACUGGAUCCAAGAACACGUUGGUGCUUGAGAUUUAAACGUGCUCAGAGGGUUAAUGGGUGCUCAUGGGUUAAUGGGUUAAAUCAGCCCCUAGACUACCGAAGAGUGAAAAGGAGUGUUUAUGAUUAUACAUGUAUUUGUUUGCUGUACCUUAUAUAUAUUAUAAUACCGUAUUUUUCUUUGCUCAUAUGAUCUCACCUGACCGUGCACGAAAGUCAUACCCCAAUCCAUGUUUAUAUCAAAUCUUGAUGCAAUGGUCUGUUCCCCGCCCUGACAGCUGAAGCUGUAGAAUAAAUUUUCCAGAUUAUUCAUGUCCAUUAGUACGUGUGCCAGUUCACGUACACAGUCCAUUCUGUACAACCCCCUUUGCAUUUUUACUUACAUCUUAAUUCUCUGUCUAAAGAUCUUUUCAAUAUACAAUCGAAUUUAACAAGAAAAACAUGUCUUCCACUGAUCGACAAAUAUGACGACAGGCUUGCUUUCAGCAAGGAAUGUAAUUGUAAGAUAAUUCGACCUUAGAAUAUAUCUUGUGCCCAGAGAAGAGGGUAUGCUCACUUUCGUCCCGAAUGUCAUUGAUAUUGACAUAUUUAUGAGGACUAAUGGACCAGAAGUCCGUGUCUUGCCUAGUUCGGUGGGCCUUUGGAAUGAUCGGGUUUUGGCUUGUGGUUUCAAUAUUGUGGCGGUGACACUGAUGAAAGUAAAACAUGUUGGUAAAAUACCUCAGAAAAGUUAGUGUAAAAAGAAAAUCGUGUCCGAACAUAUUCCCAUUACACUCCCCUUAGUAUGUACCACACAGAGAAGUAGAAUGGAUCGCUUGAAUUUAAUUGUAAGGCUAAGAUGAGAAAUGAUAAUAAAUGGAUUUCUCCAGGUGUGUUGUGAUUAUAUUGAACUCAAAUAGCACUGUUAUUUUCGGAAUACAGUAUACUCUGGACAGAUAUCCUCGGAGCCACGAUAUAUCAUAUCAUGUUUUGGAGGGCGGAUUUAUUGACAUCUUGGGCAAAAAUAUUGAAACUGUCUGGCUUGUGUAAUCGCUGAAUUGUUUUCAAUUUACAGGCAUGCAUCCUUGCACUAGCUACUGAAAUAGAUGGUCGAUCAUUGAUCAAAGCAGUGUCAAAGGGGGGAUGGUUCCUUUCAAAACAAAUUUUUUCUAAGGAUUUUUUAUCACAUGGAGCUUUGUAUGUGUUUCUUUCUUGAGUGUGUUUUCAAUUACGCUGGCUAAGCUGUUUUUAGUUACUCUAUUGAUGUUGGGUAGGAAUACAUCGGCAGUGCCCAACUACAUUUGCCCUGAGGUUUCGAUCUCAAGAGUUUAAGCAGUACAAAACUGGACGAUGAGAGACAUUACCAUAUGACCGAUAGCUUUAUGAUGGAUGAACGUAUGUGACAUGGACAGGAUAUUGCUUCAAAACGUCAAAUGGUCAUAAGAAAAAUUUCAACGUGGGAGUGCACCAAGUUCAUCCUCAGGGGCACCUGCUACCUCCUUUCCCAUUGUGGAAAUUAGGUUGAAGCGUUAAAAUUCCUUUUCAGACCGGACAGUCUCAUUUUGAUACUUGCUUAAUAGUUGAAGCUCUGUCCUAUAUUUUAAGUAUUCGUUCAACUGAGCUAAAGGUUAAGUUGAGGUUUAUUUGCACGCAAUUUAUAUUUUUACUUAAUUUUUUGCACAUUUUCCUCUCAAAUAAAGGAAAAUAGCGGCAAAUAAAC